AUGCGCUUCCUCCGCACCACCUUCCACCUCUCCGCCCGCGCCGCCCGCCGCGCCCGCGCCUCAGGCUCCAUCCGCACACCACCACCCUCCUCCGCCUUCGCAGGCCUCUCUUCAAGUGCAUCAGCAUCAGCCUCCCACCGCUUCCUCGCCAGCGUCAACCGCCAGGCUUCCGCGGGUCUGCACACGGGAUCGCCGCUAUUGAAUGCAUUGGAGACCGCAAAGGGGACCGAGGAGGCGUUGACGGAGAAUGUUGGGCAAGCGGGGUCGGCUUCGCCUUUUUUGUUGGCGGCCGAGGAUGGCGAAGAAUCGGAAAUGUCAAAUAGCGUUGAAGAAAGGUUACAUAUCGAUUCCGGACAACCAAAACCAACCUCUUACGCGGAAAUCGAGGCUAUCGUGAAAAAGACGGUAGAAGCGAUUGUCCAAAGCACUGAUCCUGAGGCGUGGAGGAGCGUGCAAUUGGCUUCCCCAUCACUGAAGUUCAAGAUCGUCAGUCGAUCCCUCGCCGCCUGCCACCUCCGCAUCUCCAACCGCGAACUAACUAACAUCAUGUCCGUACAAGACCUCCUCACGACCAUAGAACGACGCGAACGCGGCGGCGUGCCGGAUCCAUUCACGAGCGUGGAUGCAAUCGAGCAGAUGUUUGCACGCAAGGCAGACUCGUUACCGCCAAAUCUGUACUUUAUGCAGGCGCAUAAGGAGCUACCUGGGAAGGCGGCGGGGCGGAAAAAGAGGGCAGCGUGA